AUGAGUGAUGAGGUAGUACUGGGCUCGGAGACGGAGGACCAGGAAGUGCUGUUCCAACAGGACUGGCAGGACACGGAUGUACCAUCUUCGCAGUUACGUGAGCCCUUAUCUCAGGCUCCAGUUGCGGGAGAACUUGGCGUUAGGCAGUCAGAGACAGCACCUUUGGAUGCGAGUGGUGAUACAAAUGAAUCUAGAGACCAGCCAGUACCGGCGAUAGGACUCAGGUGGUCAUUAAGAAAGCGGAAGGCUAUCCAGAAGAUGCCGUACAGUUUGGAUAGGCUAAAGCACAAGCAAUUGCUUCAAGGUUAUGAUGUCAGCAAUGACAUGAUGUCUCAAUUGGAGUUGCCUGCACCUACAGCAGCAGAUCUGGAUACCUAUUUCCAACUUCCGGAGUCAGAUUCGGAUAGUGAGUCUGACCCCGAAGCUAGUAUAGAGAUUAAAGAUGAUGAUGAGCUUGGCAACGACAGUCUGGAAGUAGUUGUGCCACGUAGGUACAGAGGUAUACGCUUAGACAGGUCUUUGGAUGAUGAUAGUGACACUGAUAGUGAUGGUGACGAUACGGUAAAUUCUCAAAGUAAUCAAAAAUCAAGCCAGAGUGAGAUCAUGUUUAGAGGCAGGAAAAUAAACCUGAAGACUGGUUUCAAAGGUUUAUUACCACGUUCUGUGUGGGAAAAAAAUAUGAAAAGCCAACAGUCUAAACCUAAGUCCAAUACAUCCUCCACCUCAAGGGCGCACAAAGGUGUGGCAUUAAGGAAAAGAGUAGCAAAUAGACAUUCAAGCACACUUAAUGAUGGCUUCCUUAUUGACGAUAUUAGUGAAGUAGAAGAAGAAGUCACACCUUUGAACUUAAACUCAGCCCAAUCUCACUUAAUUGCUGAAGAUAUGGCGACAUCUCAUGAAAGACCACCGUAUAUACUUGAGGAUGAAAGCGGUAUAGAUUACAUUUCCAAUAAUAAACAAGAUGUUCAGGGAAGGUAUAGUACUUACAUGGCUGGAGAAAUCUUAGAUGGAAAUAAAAACCUAACUCGGGAGUUGAAUCCUGCUUAUAACUUUGAUGAACCUUCCUUGUCAAUGAUGUUACACAGAACUUCACCUAAUAAAUCCAAAAAGGACAAUAAGUCAAGGGCCCCCAGAAGUAAUAAGCCAGGGUCUUUGAUCAAGAGGAGGAAAAAAGAAAAGUCAACCUACAACCCUAUUACCAAGGAAUAUAGCAUGGUAGGUAUAAAAUAUUCAAGGCGCUCAAUUAGACGUCCACCUAAAGAAAAGCCUUACAACAAUUAUGAGGCCAAUAUAACUAGUAAAAAGGCAAGUGGUGAUUUAUCCAAUUUACAACCAUAUCUCAAGAUUCCUGACGUAGAUAAGAAAGACCAUAAAGGGGAUCGACAACAGAAAACGAAAUCCAGAUCAAGACCAUAUGAAAUAGCUCCACCUGAAAAUGCUAUUUUUAAAAGGAAUGAUAUUAGAAGCUUCAGUACCGUUGUGGAGAAAAUUGGUGAUGAAAUUGUGGUGCAACAUAAUCCAAACUCAAAGCUUCAGGUGACAGAAGAUGCACCCCCAGGACUUCAGAAUGGAUUUUUGUAUCUACGAGAGAGAUUUCCAGCCAUCGAGUCACUAUUUAAUCACAAAGCAAUUGAAAUACCCAAUGUGAUAAAAAUAUCUCUUGGGAAUGAAUCAUAUGUUUUAUCAAAGAUGGAUUACAAAGCAUUAAAAGAUAACUUGACUAAAUUGUUUACCGAAAUUGUUAACAACGGUGCAAGUGAUGAUGAGAUCUUUGAUUUUAACGUUCAUGUCACUUCCAUUUUACUUUACCUAAAUAAAAGUGAUAUUUAUGAAAUAAUUGAAGAUUUCCAUCGCAAAUUUCGAACAAAACUUUCCUCAAUUUAUCAGAAAGCCAAACCAAUACAUUUUUUUCAGAUAGUAAUGUGCCAGCUAAUGCUAUUUGAAAUUACCAAGUAUGCUGAUAUUUCAACUCAGUAUAAAAAGAUUCUUCAAGAUAGACUAUCAAAUCACACUGUGUCAUUCUUUAACCUGUUAGAUAUAUGCUAUGAAACUUUAAAAACACAAGAAUCGCUGUACUUAAAUGAAGCUUUCCACAUUAUCUCUUUAAUUAUUAGUGAUUUUGAGGAUGGGAUUGAAUUAAUUUGGGAGAGGUUGGGAAAAAAUACAUACUCUCCUUCAUUAUUUUCAAUUAUCAUUACUACAUUGCCAAUAUUAGAACCCCAAUGGCAGUCUGUUAAAAUAAUAAAUUCUUAUGAAAAUCUCAAGGGUGUACUAAAGCUCGUUAGAUAUUGCAACAGCUACUACAAAUGGAAACCAAAUGAUCUGCUGAUUCUCCAACUUAACAAAAUAUUUAAAGAAAGGAGAUUUGAAGACUUUCCUGAGGAGCAUAUGGAAUCAGAACUGAACCAUGUAAUUUCCUCUCCAACCGAGAAAAUUAAAAGAAAAACGAUCUUUAACAAAUACUUGUCAAUUUUGAGGAGCUCAAAUGUUCACAGUAGUAUCAUUGAAAAGAUUACACCUAUGAGUGAAAUUUUAACCACCGACACCACAUCUAUACUGAUUAACAGAGUUAAUUUAAUUAUCAUUUUGAGCUGGUUCUCUAAUCUAAAUAUAGAGAAAAGAUUGAGUGAACUUUUAAAACCAGUUUUGAACGAUUCAUAUCUCCACGAUAGAGAUUCUGGUACCACUAGAAUAGUUGCUAGGUCUGUAUUAGAGUCAUUUUUGGCUUUAAUACGUACAACAGCAAAGAAAAAUGGUAAAAUUUCGCUGAAACUUAAUAUAUUUCAUCUAUUCUUUAAAGAAUAUGUUUCAAAACAUGACUAUCUAGUUUCUAUGUGGAUUAGCUUCAUUAAUCGUACAGCCAAAAUAAGUGCGAACCUACCGACAAGGACGUUAAAGAGUGUUUUGAAAUAUUUAGUAAUAUGUUUCGAAGAUAUGCAAGGCGAUAUUGAAACACCUUUAUUGUCAGCCAACUUGUCUCUCAUGAAAUUUAUGGUAAAACAUUUGGAAAAUAUCCACAUGUCGAUAAUAAAUUCACGACUUCUAUCAUUAUCCAAACAACUUGCGAAAACAUGUCGACCAUGGAUAAAAUACUACACCAUUAUUUGUGAUUAUAUGAUUCAGAGAUCUGAGAUGACCUUUUGGACAUAUUUCCAAUAUAGCGGAAUUAAUUUUGAUAAGCCAAAUGGUCUAUACUUUCUGAGAAAAGCUUUGUCAAUUGCUGACGAUGCCUCAUACCAAAUCAUAAGAGAGAGGCUUUACAGUACCCUAAUAGAUAAACUAUACAUCGAUGAGUCUGAUGACUAUUAUGCCUUAUAUAACACCGUGCUCGGUAGAGAUUUAGGUAUUAAAUUAGAGUUUAAAAAAAUCAGCGGUGAAUCUCAUCAGCUAGAACUGGUGAAGAGGUUGGUGCGCACUUUGGCGAAAUUACAAAUGUACCCAAAGAUCAAUAUCUUAGUACAACAUAUUAUCAGCGUUUUUAACAAAAAAUUCAUAUCUGAGAAUUUUGCGGUUAACUUUGUUCAAUUUAUAGAUGAGAAUUACCGUGACUAUUUAAUCGAUUAUCAAGAUUUCUCCAUAUUGAAGCGCCUGUUGUCUAUGAACGAUAUCAAGAAUGAAAGACUAUUAUUCAAAGAAAGUUUCAGAAAGUGCGAGGGUCGUAUGCAACAGAUGUUAUUUAUCCAGAAGAAUAUACUAAGCAUUAUACACAAAUUCGCUAAAGAUGAAGCAGAUAGCGCAUCUAUGAUCUUGAAAGAUAAGAUUGUUCAACUAAUGGUCUCACCCAUUUUAGAUUGUGAAGUUCAUUUUAUUCGACUGAUGAUUGAAAGUAAUAUUAUGCCCUCUGACAAUGUCGAGAUUUAUUCUUCAAGUCAGAUAUUUAUUUCGUUUAUGAUGGAUGUGCUAAAGGGCUAUCUUGACUCUAUUAAUUGGAUAAUAGAUAGUGACAGCUUCCAGGAUUAUUAUCUGAUUGCUUUGAAACUUAUCAUGGCUUAUCCUGCAUCUUUAUGCCUCGAGGGUAAAUGCUUCUUUAAGAUACUGACUUUCGUAGACGUGCUGUUAAAUAACUAUUGCUUGGGCUUGGAGGAGUAUAGUUUUCUCUACCAACGUACCAUCAAUGCAAUAGACAAAAAUGCCAAGCCCCAGUUCUUCGAAGUGGAGAUGACAAACGAAAUGUCAAAAUUGCUAGCAUCUAUCAAGUUCCCAAUCAAUCGUCAUGAAGAUCAUGAGAGAAACGACACCACCCGGUUAAUAUCAAGAUUAAGGAAUUAUACCUGCCAAUAA